UUUUUUAUUUUUAAUUAUCCUGUUUCUACUACUUUGUUGUUUGCUGCCUUGUGCUCUUUUGGGAAGAUAAGCAGACUAGAAAUUUGAUUUCUUUGCCAUUUCACCCCUCCGUCUCUCCUUCUUGGUUAUAGACAGUGGGGAAGUCAGGUAAGCAGCACUGCCCUGCUGCCUACUAUUGGAGAAGAAGUGAAAGAAAUAGGUGCAUAUAGGCACAUGUGGCGGCCUUGCCUGAGAGCACAGAGUUUGGGGGGGAAAGAAGAUUUAGAGAAAUAAGUGUUGCCAUGGGUCAAAGUUGUAGUGUGCUCAGUGGUUUUAUUUACUGUCUCAAGUGUGAGGAAUCUCAGACCCAAAGGCCAGUUAUGGCACUCCAGGCCUCUCUAUUUGGUGCUUAAGACUCUCUCUCUAGGCCAGGCCCUUUUUGAGUGCUUUUGCCUGGCUAGAAUGUGUCCCACAUUCAAAACAGGGACAAUAACAUUCAGGAAUGCAAAGAUUCCUUUAGCUUUAAUAUGGAAAUGUUUCUCUUCUCACUAUCCAAAGUCCUGAGAUAUGAAAAUAUCAGAUUCUUUUGAAAUGGAAAAAGUUAAGACCAAUUAAUUUAAUUUGUUUAUAGUUAAACUGGGCCAGGGUGUGUGUGUGGGUGUGUGUGGGUGUGUGUGUUCAAUUACCAUCAAAGUGUAGCUGUUAUGAAAGCCAGUUCCCCCUGGGAGUAUCCAAAGCAGAAGUAGCUAUAUUUCUGAAUACACAAUGCAGAACUGAUCAGUGGACAGCAGACUACAGAGGCAAGAUGUACUCUGCAUUUUGGCUCACCUUCGUAUUCUGCAUGAUGGUGCUAUCUGGUGCAACACAGGUGAUUCACGAGCGGUUUCGGAACAUCACAGCAGGAGAAAAUGUCACUUUGCAAUGCCGUCUGGCCAAAAAGCACGACGUUGUUCAGAUCACCUGGCAGCAGGAGCAGGGGGAACAAGAGACCAACAUGGCUACUUACAGUGAGGCUGGUGGCACUACAAUACUGAGCAAAUUCAAAAGAAAUGUCCACAUGUCCCAAAGUGGACUGAUGGUUUCUGCUAUCACCUUCCAUGCUGUUACACUCAAGGAUGAAGGCUGUUACAAGUGCAUCUUCAAUGUAUUUCCCAUAGGACCCAUCACAGGCAGGACAUGUCUCAAGGUCUAUGCUCUAACACAACCCCAAGUGAUGGUGAGGAGUGUAUUGGAUCCAGGCAACCCUGAAGAAGAAGUGCUGGAGAUAAGCUGCACAGCAACAGGGAGACCAGCUCCAGAGAUCACCUGGAAGGUCACCAAACCUCUUCUGGUGGAGCCAAAGCAGUAUGUCACCCAGCACCUAAACCAGACAGUGACUGUUGUCAGCAAUUUUUCUUAUGUCUUCCUCAAAGAUGUCUGGGACAACACAAUAAGCUGUGUUAUUCAUCAUCCAUCUUUAAACACGGAACAAGAGGUGACUUUACCUGGGAUUAUACCUGGGAUUAUACAUGUUCAAAAUGAAGAUCUGCUGCCAGGAACUUCUGCCACUAUUGCAAUUUGCAUUUUGGUGGCCAUGUUUUCCCUUGGUCUAUUGCUCUUUUUUAUCUGGUACCGUUGGAGGAGGCUACACCCAGCCAAUGAGAAGCAAGACCUUCUAUGCAUGGUUCUUCCUGUAUGUCCUGGAUGCACGACGGGUGCAAGAUAUUCCUAUACUCAGGAACACGUUGUAGUGGAACCAUUUCCUGAAGAAAGCCCUCUGAACAGAUGAAAUAUAUUUUGGACAAACAACACCAGACUUUUUAGAAUGUGAACUCAGAAUGUUUCUGUGUGAACAGAGAAUUGCCUGCUGGAUUCUAUAUUACGUUCAUAUAAAAUCUUCAGUAGGAUCUUCAGGAAUUAAGCUACAUUGCCCAAUAUUAUGAUUAUUUAUUUGAAAAAUCUGUUUAUAUAGACUAGAAUAAUAAAAACAGAACAUAUUUAUUUCCUACAUAUUUUAUGCAUUGUGGCUACUGGAAUUCUGAAACUGUGAACUCCGAGGGCCAGUUUGCUGUUGUGACACUUAAAAAUGCAGUGGAAAUUCAAAUGAAAAAUGACUCAGUCCAUCUGAUAAAAGUGAGACAGACAUGACUGGCUUGAAGAUAAAGUUCUGAUUCUGUUGCUGGGUUAAGGGAGGUGACAUGUAUGGAAAACACAUAUCAAAAUACUUCAAGACCAUUAAGGGAAAAAGGAAACUCAUUGAACCUUUUUACAUCAUGUGUAUAUAUGUGAGGCAGUCACAAUAAAACAGCUCACUAAAUAUUGAGAAAGCUUGGGUGUAUAUGUUAUAUUGGUGAAUCAUAAUAAGAAAAGAAAAAAUAGAUGAUUCUCAUUCACUCCCACCUUUGCUAGUGACCAGGGCUGCUCCCUAUUUUCUGGUAUCUAAACCUGGUAGAACCCUUCUGCUUUGCCUUUUGGAAAGAUGCUAGGAUGCUUUUAAAAAUACACCAAAGGGUGGUUCUAAGCUGGAGUUGACCUUAAAAGCUCUAAACCAUUUGAGACCAGCCACCUUCUCCCAUAUAUACCUACCUGAGUCUUGAGAUCCUCUUCAGAGGUGCUUCUUCAGAUGCUUCUGGCAAGUGAAGUGAGACAGGUGACUACCGGGAAGAAGAUGCUCUUGGUGGUAGCAGCCGGUUGUGGAAUAUCGUAGUAUUGUAGAGUUGGAAGAGAUGCUGAGGGUCAUCUAGUCCAACCCCCUCUGAUGUAGGAAUUUCAACUGGCUGUUAUAAUUAAACAACAUGAGGAAUCACAGUUCUCAUAAAAGUGUCUCAGAAGGUGGCCUCUGAAUGAGAUUGUUAUACUUGUUGCUGUUUUAUAUAAUUAAUUUGUUGGUGGUUUAUAUGAGAAAAAGUCUCAAAGCGACUUUCUAAAAAACUUUUAGAAUCCAUAGUUUUAACGGCGUUAGCAAUGUCCCAGUAAGCCAAAGGAGUGAGAGUUAAUCAUAAAAGGAAAAGGAGACAAAAUCAUUAUUAGCCUAAGCUUCCCCGUGACGGGGUGAGCUCCCGUUGCUCAGUCCCUGCUCCUGCCAACCUAGCAGUUCAAAAGCACGUCAAAGUCCAAGUAGAUAAAUAGGUACCGCUCCGGCAGGAAGGUAAAUGGCGUUUCCGUGCGCUGCUCUGGUUCGCCAGAAGCGGCUUAGUCAUGCCGGCCACAUGACCCGGAAGCUGUCUGCGGACAAACGCCGGCUCCCUAAUG